AUGAACAAAUUGAGUUGUUUUGAUUGUUUGAAAUGUAUCGGAUUUCACGAAACAAGUUCUGGUGUUGCUCUCUCCAAUCCUCUUGAAGUGGAUGAGCAAACAUUAGAGGAAACAUCUGCGCUUCUUGAGACUAUGAUUUGUGAACCUGAAGCUCCUAUAGACAUCCAAGCUCAAGCUGUAUUAAUCACUGAGGAAACAUCAGGUGCUAAUCCUUAUGGUCAACCAAAGGAGGAGAGUUACAUAAUUGCACGAUUUGAUGGUAAAAAAGAGCAUCGUUACAUUUGCUGCUUGAAAAGUGUGCGCAAUAACGAAAUGACUGCCUUUAUUCGUUUCAAAAUUCAAAACAGGCGAAUUCUGCGAGUCAUUCCGUUUGACUUGGAAGUAGUGGAAAAAGAGUGA